AGUUUUAGAAAGGCCACGUAAUUUUUCAUAACUUCCUGUUUCAUAAAAAAAACCAACUUUUGUUUUUAAAAUAUAAAAAUGAAGUGGUUUGAUGGGAAAAUACCAGAUGCAAUUCAAGUGUCGAAACGAAAUGGAUCUUUGUUUAUGGUUUAUGUUUAUGGGAAAGAUGAUAUGUCACAACAGAUGAACAGUACAUGGGACAGUGAGGCAGUGUCUAAAUGCCUGGAAGAAAAUGGUGCUGUUGCUGUCAAGAUUGAAAGUACUAGUGAAGAGUGUAAAUUCUUUUCACAGAUCUAUCCUGUAGUGGUUGUGCCAUCUGUAUUCUGUAUAGGAGAAGGGGGGGUUCCCCUUGAGGUGAUAGGAGGGCAUGUACAACCUGACGAGUUUGUAAACAAGUUAAAACAAGUGGAACAGAUGCACGCUGCACAGAAGUCCAGUAAUACCCCACCCACACCAAACACAGGUCAGCAGACUGCUGCAUCGUCACCUACAGAUGGGCAGGUAAAUCUGCCAGGUGCAAGUAAUGAGGCAUCAACUUCACAGACAGGAGCAAGUGGUGACCCUGCUGUUCCAUUAGAAGAAAAAGUUGAACGGGCAAAAGAGUUGAUGGAAAAGAAGAAAGCAGAAAAGGCACAGAAAGAAUUUGAGGUUGGUAUAAGAUCUUCUGAUAAGAAUAAAAGUCGAGAAGAAGAAAUAAAGAGAAGAAAGUUAGGAUCUGAUUUACAGAAAUUAAAACAAACCCAGCAAGAAACACAGAUGAAAGAAUUAAAAGAACAAAUGAGGAAAGAUAAAGAGGAAGAAAAGAAAGCUAAAGAGAAAAUAAGACAACAAAUUGCCAGAGAUAGGGAAGAGAGACAGGUAAAGUUUACGAAGGAGAAACAAGAGAGAGAUCAAGCUGCUGAAGAGAAGAAACGCGAGAAGUUAGUGGAGCAACAGAGACUUGCUGCUGCAGAGGAGGCAAGAAAAAGUGAGACAGCUAGAAUCCAGGUGAGACUGCCAGAUGGUUCAUCAGUUACACAGAGUUACCCUUCAACUGAACCUCUGCAAACUUUACACAGUGUCAUUACACAGAGAAUUGGACAAAAUGUCACACUGUCUACAACAUUCCCAAAACGACGUUUUACUGAAGAAGAUAUGUCAAGGUCAUUUGCUGACCUUGAACUUGCACCAACAGCUGUUUUGAUAGCCUUACCAACCAGUGGUACAACUAGACAAGCCUCCUCUUCUUCAUCGACAUCAUCACAAUCUGGUGGAAUGGUCUCCUUUAUAUUAUCUCCUUUUUUUUUCUUAUGGAACUUUUUGUACUCUUUACUGUUUGGAGGUGGAAAUAGUGAUAGCCCACCAGGAGCUUCUGCUAGUCAAUCUUCCUCAAGCUCACAGCCACAGACGUCAACAAGAGCUAACAGACCUACCACAGCAUAUCAAAGACGAGGUGGGAAUACUGGGCGCCCGGAAGGUAACACAAGACGGCUGGCUGACUUGAGAGAUGAUGAUGAUGAUAUGUCCACGUACAACGGCAACUCGACGCAACAGUUAUGAAAACACACUGUAUACGAACAAUGUCAAUAGAUUUUAGUUUGGAUUAUUUAAACAUGAUAGAAGUGUCUGUUAAUUACUUCUCAUAUAUACAUGUGUUAUUUAGAGUCAACAUUUUUCUGUUAUACUACAUUAAGCAAAAACUACACUAUUUCUUGUGAUAAUGGGCAAAAGCUGAUGAUGGUGGUAAAAAGGCAGUUUGAAUCAUGUUAACUUUCUGGAAAUUAGAUGCUUAUCAAAACCAGUCCAUCGCUAGAAGAUCACAACUUUAACAGUUGUAAAAUAUGUGAUAGUUUAAAAUGUGCGAAAUGUGAAUUGUUUAUUAUAUCUGUGUUUGUCAGAAAUCCAUAUCUGGGCUCAGCUCAAGGUGUUCCAGUGUGAGGGGGAGUGCACCUUAAAAUAUCAUGAAAAACUUAACAUGGGUUGUUAAUUUGCAAAAUUUUACAUGUUGCAUAUUUUGUGUCAGAAAGUUGUAUUAAUUUUGAACAAGCAAUUAUCAUAGUAUUGCAAGCAAUCCAUAAGUCCCCUACCGGUAAGAGCCCAAGCAACAUUCUGAAGGGCCAUUGGCCAUUCACUUAGGUUCCAAUUUUAAGUAAAUUUGUUGUAAAAGUUCUUUAAAAGUGAUCACAGGAAACAGUUUUUAUGUACAGACAGACGGACUGAAGGACACUCUGAAGUUAUUUUUUAAACAUAUCGCUGUUAUCAAAAUAUAACAUUUUUAAAAUCCUAUCAUGAUUGAAGAAGUUGGAGUAAAAAUUACCAAUUUCUCAAAAAAAAGUCUAAGUUCAAAAGGGGCACAAUUCUGGAAAUAGUCUUGCUAGAGUAUUGAACACUCACAAAUGUUGAGUGAUAAUAAGAAACAUUUAUAUGAAGUUUGAAGUAGAUACAUUCAGAAAAAGAAGUUAUUAAAAAAAACAAUGUUUUUUUCAUGAAAAUUUUAAGUUCAAGGGAGGUAAUUCUGAUAAAUUUUGUGCUAGAGUUGUAAACCUUGUCACAUAUGAUGUGGUUGAUGACAAGCAACUUAUAUUUAAAGUUUGAAGAAAAUACCUUAAGAAAUAAAGAACUUAUAGUGAAAAAACUUAAAAACUAGAAUCAGAAAUCUUGAAAUUCAGUCUAUUUGUUGCCAUAGCAACCAGAAUUUUCAACAUAAGAUAAGAAAAGGAUGUGCAUAAUUUCCAUACUGCCAUCUACCCAUAUGUCAAGUUUCAUAAACAUAUUUUCAGUACUUUUUGUGUUAUCACUGGAUCCAGGUUAUGUGUAAAAUUUGCCAUAUUUUCAGUCUAUUUGUUGCCAUAGCAACCAGAAUUUUCAACAUAGGAAGAAAAGAAAAAGACGUGCAUAAUCUCCAUACUGCCAUCUAUCCAUAUAUCAAGUUUCAUAAAAAUAUUUUCAGUACUUUUUGCGUUAUCGCGGGAUCCAGGUUAUGUGUAAAAUUUGCCAUAUUUUCAGUCUAUUUGUUGCCAUAGCAACCAGAAUUUUCAACAUAGGAAGAAAUGAAAAAGAUGUGCAUAAUCUCCAUACUGCCAUCUAUCCAUAUAUCAAGUUUCAUUAAAAUAUUUUCAGUACUUUUUGCGUUAUCGCGGGAUCCAGUUUUGUGGACGGACGGACUGACUGACGGACGGACAGACAGACGGACAGAGGGUAAACCUAAAGUCCCCUCCGGUAAACCGGUAGGGGACUAAAAAGCUUAUCAUAAUACUUUGUAUGUUAAUUUUGUGAGUUUAAAACAAUGUACUGUAGAGUAUUAUUAUGUUACCAGUUCUUAAAGCAGCAUACCUACAGAUUCAUACUAAUUUGUAUGAAAAUUUUGAAAAUAUAUUAAAAAGCAAAAUAUUAUGAAGUGAAUAAGGAAAGUAAUUUACACAUUGCAAACAGCACUUAUAAAAUAUGAUUGUAAAUACUGCAAAAUCACUCAUGUUAAUUAUUUCUUAAAAUCAUAGUACAUUUUUCUCUUUUUGUUUUUCUUGAAAUAUGUUGGCUAAUCUUGAGGCUGCAUGCAGCUUUAAUAAUAUGGUACAAAAAUGCAUUUCAACCCAGGUUGUAGUCUUCAUAGCAGUCAUAUUGUUACGCUUUAAAGGUAUUAUAUGCAAAUUUUUUUUGACAAAAACAAAUAUUAAACUUGAUAUUUUUUCUUGCGCUCUGUUUGUGCUGUAUUAAAGUGCUAUAACAAAAAAUAAAUGUAUGUAUGCAUGUGAUUGUUGUACAUAGUUACAUUUUUAUUUAUCAGAGAUAAAAAUACCAUUUUUGUUGAUGUCAUACUUUAUUUAUAAAAGAUUAAAAGAAAAAAAUCUCAAAA